AUGGCAGAAACUUGGCUUCCAAAAUGUUGGAAACUUUAUCAUGUGAGGCGUUAUUUUGAGAGAGAAAAGAUGCCUCUUGAACCCCAUGAGCCAAGUUUAGAAUACAUAAAUCCUUCAGUGAUCGAUAAAAUUUGGUUUCUGGCAUUGAAUGAAAUGGAUAAAAUUCGUGAACUUGAUGAAAAACUUUUAAUAGGAAGUAUGAGGUACUGA